GUAUUGUCUCGGCGCUAAAAACUCGCUUGCAAUCCGCGCGUUUUAAGAGUAGAAAAGAAACCAUUUUUAAACAUGUCAGCGUAGAGUAAAGGUGUCUUAUAUAGGAAACUGCUUUUUCUCACGUCGUUAUAAUAAUGGAAGACAGGGUCAUUGAUUUUUUUAAAAGCAAAGGGCUACAUCACUUGUUAAACGGACUCGAGAAUUCUGGGUUCACUUCUAUGCAAGACAUUAUUUAUAUGGAAACCGAGGACAAUGAACAUGUUAUCUCAGAUGCCGAAGACAGAAAAACAUUGGCCAUUGCACUAUAUGAAGACGAUCGUGUAGUGAGUGCACUUCUAGAGAGCCUGGGACUGAGUCAGUUCCUAGAAGGACUCUUCGCUGCUGGAUUCUCCAGCCUUGAAGCACUCCUGGGCCUCACGGAGCAUGCGCUAGAGACCGCUGGUAUGGCACUUAGCGGGCACCGAAAAAGAGUGAUGCGAUUAGUUCAGGCUCUGAGGCAGAGGUCAGUUGGUCAGGCAUGCGGCAUUGGCGGAUGGGAUAGCCACCCUCAACUCCAGCAAGGACGGUUUGGUAAGUUUUUGUGUUUGACUGCGAGUGUGCUCCCCCCUGACCACAACCAAACCGUGCAAGUCAAGUUUAUGGUGGAUUCCGGAAGUGACGUCACAACUCUUCGCCAUGACGUCAUCGAAAGGCUCGGCUUGCCGCGUAUUGGGACCGCAAGGCAGGCUGGGCCAGGAGGCCUGUUUAUCGACAGUCCUGUCUACCGCGCAUGCGUGAGCAUCGGGGAUAAGAUGGUGGGACUGGAGGUGGUACAAGAUCACGUGGAUUCUUUAGGUACAACAGUGCUAUAUCAGUUUGACCAUCUGAUCCGUGGGCAAUCCCAUAUUUGGUUAGAAAAGAAAUAGCGUAGGGGCUAUUUAGUGGCUAUUUUUUGUAGCCCACGUUUUAUACACAUGGCUCCUUCUAGAAAGCAUAAUCAUAAAUUGUUGUCGUUUAACCUAAUUCCAUAUUUUUUGUAUCAAUAAAUCUUGAUUGUUGA